CUAUAGUAUGAUCACCAUUAUUUGACACUUGUAACUCUACAAAUUCCCUUUGAUUCCACCUCUACAAUAGAUCAAAAUUUAUUUGUCGAACUAUGUUUUCAACCUGCAAAUUGCAAUGGGUUCAUAACCCGUAGGUGACGUUAAUUAAUUUUAUUUAUUUAUAUGACAUAAAAAUUGUACAUUUGUGUAGUGAUAAGUUUAAAAUCUGUGUUUAUUUUUAUCAAUUUUUAUUAAUAUUGUUCAUGAAUAAGAAAUAAUGUCCUUCGAGUACUUGCCCGUGGCUGAAGACGAAAAUGAAGAACCCAUAGAAUUACCAAUCGAAGAUGAUGGUACGUUGAUGUUAACUACCGUAUCGGCGCAAUUUCCGGGCUGUUGUGGCCUAAAAUAUCGUCACCCUGAAACAAAAAUCAUCAGGGGUAUCAGAUUAAGAGAAGGCAGAUUGUACCCACCCCCUGAAGGAUGGGGUAAUCAUUUAUACAUAUGUAGCUUCCCUAAAGAAUCUAAGCGUAAACCGGGUGAAACUUCUGAAUCGGCCACGACGAAGAACAAGCGAAAUGACAAUCUGUGCUCUGAUUUGAUAGUAUUGGGGCUGCCAUGGAAAGCCACAGAGCAAACUGUUCGUGAAUACUUUGAGAAGUUUGGUGAAGUUUUAAUGGCGCAAUUGAAAAGAGACCCUAAAACGGGAAUGUCGAAAGGUUUUGCCUUCAUUAGAUUUGCUUCAUAUACUUCUCAGAUGAGAGUGCUUGCUCAGCGGCAUAUGAUUGAUGGAAGAUGGUGUGAUGUUCGGAUACCUAACUCAAAAGAAGGAUCAGUUGCAUCAAUGCCUUGUAAAGUGUUUGUUGGCCGCUGUACGGAAGAAUUAACAGCCAAUGAUUUGAGGGAGUACUUCUCUCAGUUCGGGGAAGUAACUGAUGUGUUUAUUCCUAAACCAUUUAGAGCCUUCAGCUUUAUUACAUUUUUGGACCCAGAGGUUGCACAAAGCCUCUGUGGCCAGGAUCAUAUAAUCAAAGGAGUAUCUGUCAAUGUUUCUAAUGCCUCACCCAAGCAAAACAAAAGUGGCUCUAAUCAGCGCACUAUGCCUGGACGCAAUUAUGAAGAUGGGCACCCUCAUAAUGCAUCAAACAACAACUCAUGGAGCAGCCGCAAUAUGGAUAUGGUGAACAUGCAAGCUUUGAGUUUAUCUGGACAACAUGGUCAAACUGCAGUUGCUGGAGGUGGUGGGCAGGCUCAAGGUGGUAGCAUGCCCCUCGGGAUGGGAGGAUUGCCAGUAAAUCAAGCUCUAGUGGCAGCUGCACUAAAUCAGGCUGCUGGCUGGGGUCUCAUCAACAACAUACCGUCCGGUGGCUCUGAGCAGGGCGCAUUUGCUGGUCCAGCAUCUUCUGCGCCGCCUGCUCCACCCAACUUCCUCUCUUGGAUGCAACAAGGUAAUUCUGCACAGGGACCCUCUAGUCAGUGGGGACAGCGGCACCAGUCCCAAGGCCACUCUGUUUGAUCCAUCAUCUGGUUGAAAGCUCACAAUAAUUUCUGUGAUUGUAGCAACAAUUAGAUAAUUUAUCAUUUGUUUUAUCUACACUAUACAAAAGGGUUGUUCUAAUGGUAAAGAGAGUGGUUUAAAUACAUAGUUUGCUACUGAUGUUAUUUAUUUAUUGUGGAGUUGCUUGUGUUUCGUUGAUUUAUUCAAACUUAUAUAAUUAUAUUAUAAAUAAAGUAGAUUACAGUAUCAUGGAAUGAAUGUUACACACUAGAUAAUUUUUUAUAUGUACAUUGUGUACAUAUAAUUAGUCUUAUGCUUAUAUUUAUCAAUUUGUGAUCUAAACAAUUUCCAGUAUCUACAAUACAUUCAUGAUUCUUACUGUGUUUCUUUGAUUUUAUCAGUGCAACAGUAAUUUUUAGAAGUGUAAUAAUAACAGCAUUAUUUUAACAUGUGAUAAUAACUGCCAAUGUGAGUGCUCAUAAUUUGUUUUAAUUAUCUAAUUUCUUUUUUUAAAGUAACAUAGGAUUGAAGUACUCAAUUUCUGUUACAAAUAGAAAAUGCAAAUGCCAAGUAAUAAUCAAAAUGAUUUAGUUUUUGUAGCAGCUCAUAUUAAACUAUAUGAUGAAUGUAAAGCAAUUAAUGCAGAACUUUAUAAUUUAUUAUUCAGAUUAAUUACUGUAAUAUCUUGAUCACCUUUUUAGUAGUAUUCACUGUUCAUUUAAGUAUGCUUGUGUAUUCUAGAUAAUUAGGAUUACAAAACAUCUGAUAAAAGUAGCACACUGUGGAUGAGGCGAAUAUGCAUGUUAAUUUGCCAUAAAAUAGUGCCCACUGCAAAAUAAUUCCUCUUUUCACACAGAAAAGGAGCAUGGAUCACAAUGCUUGCUCAAUGCAGAUUGGCAAUUUCAAAGAUAUAUAACUAUAAAACCUAAUUUCCUCAAAAAUUUUAAUUCACUAUAUGUGUCAUCAAAUUGGUUGUUGCCAGUGUUUGAAGCCCCACACUCAUGCUGAAGAAUCAGGCACUUAAACCAAGGUGCCUGAUCCUAUGGCACAAUAUUUUUAAUCGAAUGCCUAGGGAUUUUUUAACUAUAUUUUAAAUUUUUUGAUAUUUUAUUUCUUACUGAGUUUACGUAAUGUUUGAAUAUCCGAUUGAUAAUAAAACAUUAUGCAGUUUAUUAUUUAUGUGUAGGUACAUGCACAACUUACAUACAAUUUACACCAAAAUUUAAAUUGAAUCUGCUACGUUCAAAUGUUGAAAGUUAUUUUAUACUAUGUAAUUUUUCUGAAUAAUUUUUAUUAUAAAAUAUGUUUUUCUGUAUACAUACAGAGUUUAGAUUUUCACUGUUAUAAUUAAUUUUAGUUGGAUCACAAAAUGAUAAAAAUAAAAUCUUUUCUACAUUAAAUCAGUUAGAGAUAAAGGUUUUAAUGACAAGCUAAUCUGACUGGAGCUACGGCGCUGGUGCAACGUUUCUUUUAAUACCUGGUAACCCGGUAGCAUAAUAUCGUAACCACGUCACAAAAGAAUUGCAAGAUGCUUACUGGUACAAUCAUCUUGAUCGACUGUGGAGUUGGUAUGUUUUAAAUUAAAACAUUUUGCUUCCGUAAUCUACACAACCGGAAAUACUUACACGACGUGGCUCCUGUCAAAUUUUAAAUUAGUGUGAAAUGUUCGUUUCAUAUUAUUCUGUAUUUGGAUUUUAAUAAAUAUUGUCAUUAGAGUUUUGUUUUAUGGUGUACUGCACAUGUAGCCCAUGAAAUAUUUAUUUAAUUAUGUUAUCAAUAUUCUGUAGUUUUUAUAAAUAAUAAUUAUAUUUUGAUAAAGGACCUACCAAGGCCUUUAAAAAAAUUCAAGUUACCAUUAUCAAGAAUUCAAGCUGUCAUGAUUUUAAGAUUUUAUAUAAAGGCAAAAGCUUGAAGAUUAAGAAUAGCAGCAACCAUCUAAUGUUUCGCUUGUCAAAUAUAACAUUUUGUUAUAAAAAUAACCUAGAUUUUGUAAUAAACAUCACUGCAUAGUUAUUUGUACUAAUUUAAGAAAAUAUUAAUUUUUCUAACUGAUAUUCGCAUACAUUUUAUAAAACUUAAAUCUGUCUAGAUAUAAAUUUUAGCAAUGAAUGCAGUGGAAAAUAAUAUUUUAAUUUGCUUUAUUAAAUAUUAAAUGUAUGUCGCAAUAAUCGGACUGUCUUCGGAUUGGAUCUACGCAACUUCAGUGCUAUUAUUAUGAGUGUAAUAGAAGUAAGUGUACUGUGCUUUUGUACAUUAAUAGGUAAAUGAUAUGAUUUAACAGCAGACUGUUGAGAGUUCAUACAUUGUAUAGUAAAAAAUAGAAAUCUAUUGAUUGUUAUCAUUGUUUAACAAAUAAUGUUGAUUAUUAUAAAUUUAUUGUGUAUGUUUCCUCAGGUGGAUGUGGGUAUGAAAAUUGUAGGCAGAUGUCUAUUUUUGACGAAAUAAAUAGUUAGAAUAUUUUUGUUACUAAGCAAUGUGGGAUUGUUUACUGAAUGGGUAUACAUAGACUUAGCUGUAGCGCACUGAUCCAAUAGCCACUGUAAAUAACAUUUAGAAGAAAUUGGAAGGAUGUUUGUACAAAUUGCAAGACUGUAUAUACCUAAAUGAGAUGAUAAUACGACAUCUAUUACAAAAUAAUUAUAAAUCUCUAAGGAGGAGAUAAACAUACGUUUAUGACAAAUUUCCUUGCUGCUGCAACAUUGCAGGUCAUAUAAAAAGCGUAACGACCAUACAAAGAUCCGACAAACUUAACAUGGAUAUCGCAACUGUCUAGCUAAUAUUACUGCAAUAUGUAGUAAACUGGAAUAAGUUAUAAGAUCAAGUAAAAUAUUACCUUAACAAGUUGCUAAUUGAAACGACAGGAAGUGUUUGAUGAAGGUAAUGCGAUUGUUGGAUCAUACAUCGUAAUACAAUAAUUACCGUAUGUUUAAUUUAAAUUGUGUUACAAGUAAAAGAGCUAGCGAUAUUUCUUAAAAAAUCCAGUACGUUAAAUAUUUCUAUGUAGGUACUGGUCAAAGUGUUACAUAUGUUAAGGUAUCGUCGUUAACUAAAUACAAAAUUAUAAAAAGAUAUAUUUAUUUUUACAAUUGACUAGAUACAGAUUUAAAUUUAUUUCAGACAUAAUAUUACAAACGUCAGGGCUUUGGAGUAGUAGGAUGUUAGUAAAUUGAAGGAUUCGACAAUAUUUUCUGAUACAAUAUUUUAGCUUCAUAUAACUUUCGUCACUGUCUAUCUCCUUGUAAAAACGUCUAAUACCUACCUACAUUAGUAGUUGUCGUUGCCCAAACUAUUAAGUACAAAAGGAACUUACUAAAGUUAUUAGUAAAAAUAUAUAGACAGAUUAUUUAAUUCCACUCGCAUACAUUUUUAUUCUUGUAAUUUUUCUUGUAUAAAAUUAAAUGCUUAGUGGUUAUUACAAUAUAAUUAUGAUUACAUUUAAAUAUUUACUUGUCUUAUUACUUCAUUUCAUGUAUCUAAAAUUAACAGAAUCGGAUUUACAGAAAAGAUAUUAAUAUUUUCUGAUUCAAUCGUUUUAAAAGAAAUGUUAUGGUUUACAACACCGUUUACAUUGCCCACAAUCUACAAUUAAGCGCUUCUGCCCACUAUUGUCUUAUCUUUGUUAUUUGCUGUUUGUAGCCUAAUCUGUAAUGUCGUUCACAAACGGUUCUGUCGAAACCGUCCAGUCUCUUGAACUAGACAAUGCCUAUGUUUUAGCCGGAUAACUAUCUCUACCUGCACUUGUUGAUUUUUCGUGAAUUUAAUCCGUAAUUUCCUUUGUAUCAACUGGUUGAGGUACCUAUCGCAAUUGCAAGUCAUUGAUAGUUACCUAAAAUGGUGCAAUACAUCCGUGAUAUGCGAGAAAAACUAAUUGUUUUAAUGUUAAUUUACAUGUGAUAAACACAAUGUUUAUUAUUAAUUCUAACAUUAACUCUAAUAUAUUUUUUGGGACUUGAACUUCAUCAUUUUCAUCCCAAAUUUGGGUAUUGAUUUCACCCCUGUGCAAUAAAGUUUGAUAAAACUACAUAGUUUCGUUAGUAAAAUAAGUACUAGUUAAUCAAUUGUGCAUGAAUAUAAUAUAACUCUACACCAAUUAGCAGGCCCGUGUCGAUCCACAGCGUCCUAAAUUCCUAACAGGUACUACCCAAUUGAUAAUAUACAUAGGUAAUUCGGUACAUACAGAAAAGAAAAAUAAUUAUUUGAUGUGGCAGAUGCACGGGCACAUUAUAGCUAAUUUUUAACUUCCCACUAACGAAACUUACUGGCUACUAAAAAUCCGUGGCAAAUGUCUUAUCGGCAUACCUAACCGAAACGGCAAAACGAGCGUUUAACUGUGUACACGUUGCACUAUUUUUUAUUAAGCCAUGCUAUAUCGCAGAACAGUCUUCUGCAUUCUCAUUGAAUUGAAAAUGUUAAUAUCUUUCUGCAAAUGAUAGUGCUGUAUUUAAGUACUGAUUCCGAAAAUAUUGUUGAUAGGUAUAACUUUAGGUAUUGGUAUUGUUUUCUUGUGUAUGUUUUCGCUUGAUUUUGUUUACUUUAUUAACUUAUUUGGUUUGGCCAUUUGUUGUUUGGUUUUAAUUUAAAUGCAUGUCGAUUGUCGGUGUAGAGUAAGAAUAUUGUUAAUGAGUGUCAAGUCUAAUAUAACAAUAUUAUAUUGUAAUCGAGUAUUUUUCGAAAACAUCGCAUACUUAUUAUCCCAAAAAGUCAAUUUCAAUAAAUGUGGCAUAGUUAUUUACACGUUUUCCAUAAUUUAUAUACCUAAUUGCAUAAUUACAUACAUUGUAAAGAUUAGGGUUUAUCUGUGCGAUCAAAUGUAUUUAAGACGAUGGAUCUGCUUAAAGUAGCACCUCAAAUGAUCGUUUUGCACCGGCGGCUGCUUAAAAUUUCGAUCUUAUCUUACUGCAGUCUACUCUCCCUUUGAAGUGCAAUAAUGUAAUUUUAAUUUACCUAAUCAAAUAUUCACUUCUGUGAAACCAAAUGAACAUUUUAGCAAUUUUCAUAACAGGUUGUGUAAAUGAUUUUGAAUUUAAAACAUCGAUGUUCACAUUUGCCAUAAUAAAAUGUCAAUUAAUUGAACAGAACAGAACUAUAAAAAAUAUUUCUAUCACGUUCAUUUGAAAACCUGAAAAUUUAAAUAAAAUGUAUACAGCUGCAUAUGCAUAGGCGCAUACGUAACCUUAAUAAUAACUAGAGGCAUGAUUAUUUAUACGAUAUUGUAUACUUCGAUUUUUUUAAAUGGUCUCUCCAGAUAAUAAAAAAUGGCUUAGGUACCAACAUUUCUAUUGAAAGAAAUAUAUGUUGCGUUUUUAAAGUAUACUUUAAUUCUACUCUAAUUAUAAAAACAAGAAAUCGGUCUUAAAAAUAUAGGAAGACCUAUAACGGUUGGAACUAGCGCACCUACUUACGUAUUCAACAUUUUCACAUAAAACAGAUAAAAAUUGUAAUUUUAUUGGUAAUUGUUACGAUCAUUUAUUCUAUUAAAGUUUUUUUACUGGCUAUAAAAACAAUAAAGAUGCCUUAUGAAUGAGCCUACGGAUUUAAUAUUCAUUAUUGUACUGAAAUUCACUAUGACAUCAUGUUUAUAAAUAACACAAUAUCGUAGAGAAAUCAGCCCUAGACUGCAGCCUAUUCUUAUUUUUCAAUAUAAUAUUUAUAUGAUUUUCAAGGUAUUUUGUUCAUGAACUACCCUCAAAUAAAAAUUGCGAUCACCUGUGCAAUACAUUCGGGUACUUAAUCAUAUGAUAUUUAUAGAAUAAAGGUUUUUUUUCUUUUGUUAAAAUGAGAACAUAAUAGGUGCAUUAGACAAUAAGUAACAGAAACAAGGGUGUAGCCACCAGUUAAUAAUUGACCUCUUUCACUUGCACAAUGCAUUUCCAAAAUAUAUAACAAGCAAUAACCGAUUAAUGUGGUACCUAACAUGUAAAAUAAUUAUUUACAAGUCCUGGUUGGUAACUAAGGAAGCGGGCAGAGGUUUGUUCGAUUAUUUGUACCUGUACCCAUAUUUGAACGUAUUUGUAUAAAAUUCUGUUUCUAAUUUAAUAAUUAAAAAUCUAUAUGUGUUUUGAAAUUGACAACGGGUUUACAUUUUGUGAAAAAUACUGUUAUACUCUUUCUGAUUUGAUGAGAUGAAGAUAGCAUUGAUUAACACUGAUUUUGAAAACUGUAAUGAAUUGUACUUGCCUAUAAAUAGCUAGAGUCAAAGUAUAUCUACCUACACUCUACAGCAAGCAAGGGUAUACAAGUUACAUAUUUUGAGGUGCUUCGCGUCAUGGCUCUUGCGUGAUACAUGUGCGAGAAUUAAAGAUAAGCAUGUGAAUUGAUUGCAAUGAAUUUCCUUGUAAAGUAGUAUAAUUGUCUAUUUAUUAUAUUGAGUGCACUGGUGUUGAAGACAAUGUGAGUAAUGAUUUAUUUGUAGUAAGUAACUAGUAUCGUGUGACGACGUGAUUUUGCGUGGUUUCGUUGGCGCCAUAUGUGAUCAAGGUUGAACCUGUCCAUAAUUUUAUUAUAUUCGUACUAAGCAUUAUAACUUAUUUUAAUUGAGGGAUGAAGUUUAUUGAACAGUGAAAUAUUUGAAAAUGUUGGAUAAGGAAAGAUAAAAUGUACCUUACCUUUGCUGCGGUAAAUUGCAAUUUGCAAUGCUUAUUUUUAUAGUUAGUGAAAAUAUACUUAGAUAAUGGCGCUGAUUUUCUUUGAGAAUGUUUUUACCACUAGGUACCUGAUGUUGAAAUGUUUAUUAUUGAUGACUGCAAUUUAUAAGUGCGUGAGGGAUUUUGGUUAAAUUCUACACUUCUGCCGUAUCGUUCACAUUUGAUAGCGCUUGAUUAAUGAGAUCCCAAAUUAGCUUCUUAUGCGUCAUAAUACAAACCUGUGAAAUAAACUACUAAAUUAAUUCAAGUUUGUAUGUAGGUACCUACCUAUCCUUGAUUGUGUCACCUAAAACACAUUAAAUCAAUUGAAAAAGCCUUCAAUUUAAAUUUGAUACCCUCCUGAAGCGGCGCCAUUGUCUCUCCAAAUAGGACUGUCCAUCGAGGCCAAAGGUCAGGGACACAUUACUUCUCUUUUUACAUUUCCAUUCAAUUUUUGGUGCGACUCAAUCAGGUUUCUUUUUUAAUGCCAUGACGUUGAACCAGCAGCGAAAAGUAUCUAAUGCUUAAAUAUAUUUAUUACGUAAUUUUGUAAACACAUUUUACGCACCUGUAAUUUAAUUGAACAUGCACAUCCUUGUUAUUUGCUGCUCCGUGAUAUAAAAUUCUACUAAUGCUAGACAGAUUCAAUGUUAUAAGUAUAAGCUGUACAUUAUAAUUUGAGUGUGAAAACCUAUUGACAUGAAAUAAAAUUUAUUUAGCGUUGCAA